UGUUUUCUGCAAUUUUAAGAAGUGAAAAUGGCAAAGUUCGAUCUUACUUCCCGCAAUUGUCAGUUUCUGGAUCGGCACCUCACGUUCCCGUUGCUGGAGUUCCUAUGUGACAAGAAUAUCUACGACAAGGAUGUCCUGCUGGAAUACAUUCUGGAGACAGUGGGAAAGACUAACAUGAUUGAUUACACAAUGGACACGAGGAAGCGCCUGAAAUUGGGCGAAACCAUGCCAGAUGAAUUGGCGCAAAGACGUGCAAAGGUCCUGUCGAAACUCAAGGAACUGCAGAAUGAGAUUGCGCCACUGAUGAAAAUCAUGGAAGAGUUGAAGAACACCGACACGAUGAAGGACUCAAAGACACUCUUGAAUGUGUUGCAGAAGGACUUCAACUUCAAAGUGGAGAUGCUGGAUAGUGUCUACAAGCUGGCCAAGUAUCUUUAUGAGUGCGGCAACUACAUUGACUCCAUCUCUUACCUGUACUUCUGCCUGCUGGUGAUGCAGCCCAGCGACAAGAACUACUUGAAUGUUUUGUGGGGAAAACUCGCUGCCGAGAUUCUGACUCUGAACUGGUCCUCCGCCCUUGAGGACCUCAAUAGGCUGCGAGAGUACAUAGACUCGAGUAACUUCACUAACGUGCAGGCGCUGCAGCAGCGUACCUGGCUCAUUCACUGGAGCGUGCUGGUGUUCUUCAAUCACGCCAAGGGACGCGAUCUGAUCAUCGACAUGUUUCUGUACAAGCCGCUGUAUCUCAACGCCAUCCAGACCAUGUGCCCGCACAUUCUGCGCUAUUUGGCCACAGCGGUGAUCAUCAAUCCGCGCUACAGGAAUGCGCUGAAGGAUCUGAUCAAGGUGAUCCAGCAGGAGUCUUACACGUAUCGCGAUCCCAUCACUGAAUUCCUCGAGCACUUGUACGUGAACUUUGACUUCGAGAGCGCACGGAUGAAGCUGCACGAGUGUCAGACGGUCAUUAUCAAUGACUUCUUCAUCAUUGGCUGCUUGGGAGAGUUUGUCGACAACGCCCGAUUGAUGAUCUUCGAGACCUUCUGUCGCAUUCAUCAGUGCAUCACAAUCAGUAUGCUGGCGGACAAGCUGAACAUGAAGCCCGACGAGGCGGAAUGCUGGAUCGUCAAUCUCAUCCGAAACGCCAGGCUGGACGCCAAGAUCGACUCAAAGUUGGGUCACGUGGUGAUGGGAACUCCUCCGCUGAGUCCUUAUCAGCAACUAGUGGAGAAGGUGGAUAGCCUGUGCGUGCGCUCUGAGGCCCUAACAACACUGGUGGAGCGCAAGUACCGCGCCAAGAACACCGACAAUAGCGACAACAACUGGAAGUACUACUGAACAUGAAUUUCUUAUGCAAAGGUAUUUCUUUUCUAAAAAUAAUAAAGAGUAAUUGAAACAGAGAA